AUGAAGACAUACAGGGAUCUCUUGGAGGACACGGGCAGGCUAAAAGCUAGUGUCCGCAAGCGGCGCACAGCCCUCGAUGACGAGCUGCACAGUCUCGGACAGACUUUGCGAUUGAAUGUGCAGGGAAAGUUCGCGGGCGAGGUCGAACGCAAUGACAGAAAGCGCCGCACCGAGCUUAUGAAGCGGCGCCAUGGCAUGAGUAACACUCUAAAGACAAUCGAUGCUAUUGAAGUGAUCUUGCGUAAGCAAAAGGCAGCCGAUCGUCACAAGGGCAACGACAACAACGCCCUCCACGGAGCUCGCAGUGCCUCUCCGGUCCGAGACGAUAUCGACAACUCUUGCCCUCGCCGCAAGCAGGCCGAAGCACAGCAUCCAAAGCUGGAUGAGGAGAGGACCGCUAAGAUUAGGAAGACAAUGAGCCUCCGCAAGGCAACCUAUGCAGACCCGUUUCUGGCACCACCUAAAGCCCCCGAGAACAUCAUCAAUCAGCACGGCAUGCUGACAUGCGACGUCCCUUGA